CGCGCCGCUGAGCUCAUCGGGCGGCGCCGGGGCCGGUCCGGGCGGCAGGAGCCGGCUGCCGGGGCCUAGCCGGGAGCCCCGCGGAUGUGGGCUGAGGCGUUGGUUCUGCCCUGCAGGGCCGGGCUGCGGCUGUUCCCGCCGCUCCGGCUGAGGCACCGAGCGCCGGGCGCCAUGAAGCUGCAGUCCCCUCAGUUCCAGGCUCUCUUCACGCCGGGGCUCCGCAGCGUGGCAGAAUUGUUUGAGAAGAAGAACUAUGAGCUGAGAAUAGCAGGAGGUGCUGUGAGGGAUUUACUAAGUGGAAUGACACCACAAGAUAUAGAUUUUGCCACUACGGCUACACCAGCAGAGAUGAAGGAAAUGUUCACAUCUGCUGGUGUUCGUCUGAUCAAUAACAAAGGAGAAAAACAUGGAACCAUUACUGCCAGGCUCCAUGAACAGAAUUUUGAAAUUACUACUCUUAGAAUAGAUGUUGUCACCGAUGGACGACAUGCAGAGGUUGAAUUCACCACUGACUGGGAAAAGGAUGCUGAAAGGAGGGAUCUGACUGUCAAUUCCAUGUUUUUAGGUUUGGAUGGGAUGCUGUAUGAUUUUUUUAAUGGAUAUGAAGACUUGAAAACCAAGAAAAUUAGAUUUGUAGGAAAGGCAAGUGAGAGAAUACAAGAAGAUUAUUUACGAAUCCUAAGAUAUUUCAGGUUUUAUGGAAGAAUCGCAGAAAAACCUGGUGAUCAUGAACCUAGUACACUGCAAGCAAUUAAAGAAAAUGCCAAAGGUUUGGCUGGAAUAUCAGGAGAAAGGAUUUGGGUGGAACUGAAAAAAAUUCUUCUUGGAAACCAUGUAAAUCAUUUGGUUCGACUUAUGUACGAGCUGGAUAUUGCCCAAUAUAUAGGACUACCACUUGAUGGAAAUUUAGAGGAAUUUGACAGAGUCACUAAAAGUAUUCAAAAUCUGUGUCCAAAACCGAUGACUGUUCUGACAUCAUUGUUCAAGGUGAAGGAUGAUGUCACAAACCUCGAUCUGAGGCUGAAAAUCUCAAAAGAAGAAAAAAACCUUGGCCUUUUUUUAGUGAAGCACCGGCAAGAGUUAACCAAAGCUACGGGUCCAGAACCACUUAGACCCUAUCAGGACUUCAUAAUGGAUUCUAGGGAAGCUAAUACAAAUGCCAAGAUCUGUGAGCUUCUAAAAUACCAAGGAGAAGAACAUCUUUUAAGAGAAAUGCAGCAAUGGACUGUUCCUUCUUUUCCUGUUAGUGGCCAUGAUUUAAGAAAACUGGGUGUGUCUUCUGGAAAAGAAAUUGGAACAGCAUUACAGCAGCUACGGGAUGAAUGGAAGAAGAGCGGAUACCACAUGGAUAAAGAAGAACUGUUGAGUUGCCUGAAGAAGUUGUAAAAUUGAAUAAUAGUAGAGAACUGUUUGUGCCCUGUUCUAAGUGUAACUGAGAUACCAGUAAAUACUCUCAGUGUUGUCGCAGCCAAUAUAGCAUUUGUCAUAUUUAAGAUCUUCAGACAGCACAGUUCUGUUACUAAUUUGUAAUUUCUGAAAGGAGAAGUUUAAUUUUGUAGUAAUGUAAAAUAGUAUUUGCCAAGUUCCACAGUCUACUUCUUUUUGUUGAAUUUUAAUGAUAAAUAUUUAACUACUUUAUCUUGACUCUGGGUAAUUAGAGGUGACACCAGGAUUUUUCUCAUUCUGACUUUGCUCUAUCAAAAAAAAAAAAGUUUUUAUCUUCUAGAUAAAAUCAUGGGUGUUUUCUGUGCCUAGGAGAGUGACAAAGUGUCUAGAAAUAAUGAGCUCUAACUCUUUUUGUAGUUAAAGCUAGGUACCAGAUUGAAAUACUCACUCCAGCAGUUCCCAAAGAGUCUUAUCAUGUAAAACAAGUCUUUUUUCUAUAAAGAUUUUUAUCUUCCAUAAUUCCAGAAUCAGUUUUAGAUUAAAAGGAUGACUUAGCUGAGUCAGUAUCAUGAACUUCUUGUCUCUUCAGUAGUUUUUCAGUAACUUGUUUAUCACUGAGUAACUAAAUCCAUAGAAAACUGGUGAAGGGCUUCUACAGUAUGUUUUCAACUUCCUGUGUGAAACAUACUAUUAAUGUUAAUAGUAGAGGGGGAGGGAGAGCCAGGGUCCCUGCCUUUCCCCCCUGCUAUGUCUGGUAGUUGCCUCUUGAUUCCCUUCCUUUUUUUUUUUCCAAGGGAGGAGGUACAAAUAGAAUUCAGGUGAUGGUGUUGGUGCGCCUAAACAGUGUGAACAUCAGCUAAGUCCUGUAGCUCCAUCACCUUCAGAGUACUAAAUUAGAGAAAUUGCCAGUGCCUUCAGUAACUCUCCACGCAUCUUUUCCUGUAAACUCGCAGCAGUGAGACCCAGAGGCAUUCACCUCUCUGAUUUGCCAGCAUUCUGUUUAAAGCAGUAGAAUUAUUUUGGGAAGAAUUCCAACAUCCCUACUGCUAUCACACCAGGUUCUUCCCUGUGUUGCUUCUGUGUUAAUUAUCCAUACAUUUCUUCUGUCUGAACAGAUCUACAUUAAAAAUGCACUCUGAAUGCAGUUCAAAAGGAAAUUCUAAAUUAUUUGCCCCUUCAAAAUUAAUAACAUUUUGGAAAGCAUGAGAAGUAAAGGGGAUUCUCUUUGUUCAGUAGCCAUCAAUUGCUGCUGUAGAAGAUUGGGUUUUGAAGCAGUGCUGUUCUGGCUGGUCUUAAUGAACAUGUAUUAACAACCCUGGUGUUUUUCGGUGUGCUUUAAAAAAAAACAACAAAAAAACAACAAAGGAAUGGCUCUAACCGAGGGCAUCUCUUGUAUAUAUAAAUUUUAUUGCAGGUUUAAGUUUUCCUACAAAACCAUGGUAACUAAUAAAAUGGUUUGGGUUUCA